AUGGAGAAGAAGAUGAAGGGAGGAAGGUCUUUAGUAGAGACUCCAACUUAUAUUCUUGUCUCUUUGAUUACAGUGUUGGUUUUCGUUUUCUAUUUAGUUGAAAGCUCCAUUUAUACAUUUGUAAAGGUGGGAAUUGAGCUUAACUCUGGUUUUAGUUCUGGGAAAGUAUGGGGUAUGUUUGGUAACUCUGGUUUUAGUUCUGGGAAAGUAUGGGAAUCACUAGAUUUUCCAUCUAGUAGAAGCAAGGGGCAAAGAUCGGCACCGGAGUUGAAACAAGAAAGGAAAUCAGAGGGGUUUUCUGGGAAUGAUCGAUUCACAAAGUCCACAUGUUCAGUCUCACUAGCUUCUCCUCGCAGCAUACCGGAGUUGUACGAAGCAAAAGCUCCCAAUUUGAGGGUCUUCUCUUUCUCAGAGCUUAAACAAGCCACUCGUGAUUUCAAUCUGCAACUUAAGAUCGGCGAAGGCGGCUUUGGGAGCGUCUACAAAGGAACCAUCAAGCCUGCUGAUGGAAAUGGCGACGAGCCUUUGGUGGUUGCUAUUAAGCAGCUUAACAAGAAUGGUUUGCAGGGACAUAAGCAAUGGGUGGCGGAGGUUCAAUUUCUUGGUGUCGUUGAACACCCGAAUCUCGUUAAACUUAUCGGAUAUUGCGCCGCUGAUGGAGAACGGGGGAUCCAGCUUCUUCUGGUAUACGAGUUUAUGCAAAAUAAGAGCUUGGAGGAUCAUCUUUUCCGUCGUGUAUUCGCACCACUUUCCUGGGAAACAAGAUUACAGAUAAUACUGGGAGCAGCACAAGGAUUAGCUUAUCUACACGAGGGCUUAGAAGUUCAGAUCAUAUAUCGGGACCUCAAAGCCUCCAAUGUGUUAUUGGAUGAGAAGUUCAACCCAAAACUUUCGGAUUUCGGGCUGGCAAGGGAGGGGCCAAUGGCUGGCCGUACCCAUGUUUCAACAGCGGUUGUUGGGACAUAUGGUUAUGCCGCUCCCGAUUACAUUGAAACGGGACAUUUAACCGAUAAGAGCGAUGUAUGGAGUUUCGGAGUGGUACUAUACGAGAUACUUUCAGGCAGGCGGUCAUUAGAAAGAGGGCGUCCGAAAGCAGAGGAGAAACUGUUGGAAUGGGUGAAACAGUUCCCCGCUGAUAGUAAAAAGUUCAGCUUAAUAAUGGACCCUCGACUAGGAAACCAGUAUUCUCUGGGUGCAGCUAGAGAAAUUGCUAAGUUAGCAGAUGCUUGUUUAGUGAAAGGUCAGAAGCAGCGGCCCAAGAUGAGUGAGGUGGUGGAGAGACUAAAGCAGAUAAUCCAAGUUUCAGAGGGUGGAAUCGCCAGCAAAUCGGAGAGUCCUCUCGAGGCAUCGGAAAUUCAAGCAAGCGAGACGGAAGAGAACUCGAAUAAUCGAGCCUUGGAAUCAUGGAAGAGGCGGAUGGCACACCUUGCGAAAUUGGGAGAGCAUGCAGAUGGUGCAAGUAGGAGGAGAUUGAUAAUGCUGCAGCGGGCCAAAGUGCCUGCUCUUCAUUAAUG